ACCCAGAAGUAAACUUUGUUAUAUACUUUGUUUUGUUUACUAUUUUUUACAUAUUUUAAUAAAAAAGAAUAACUUUAUUCUAUUUACUAAAUUAUACAAUUAAAAUAUCUUUUGUAGGAAAACAAAUAUUAGUCAAUUUACCCUUACAUCAAUUAUUACUAUAAUAAAGAUGUGCAACAAACAGAACAAAAUCUAAAUACUAAAUUUAUCAGUAAUUUCCUUAUAGUAGAAACUACUUAUUUUAUAUUUUAGAUUAUGUACAUACUAACGAAAUAACGGACAAAGCACGAGGUAGUAGAAACUAGAUACAUAAAAUAAAAUCAGGUACAAUCUACUUGUUAUUUCCACUAUGAGUAUUCAUCACAAUGAACUUUGCGUAAAUUCUGAAAUUUAUCAAAAGCCAUUUCCUCACUUUGGACGACCCAGAAUUAUAGGUUACAUAGACAUAGAAAAUCUUAAAUAUGCACAAAAUAUUCGUAACUGUGAGGUGUCCUUUGAUUUGAACGAACAAAUCAAUAACGUUAUAAGAAAACCGGCAGACUUGGAUGUAAAGUUGACAGAACUUUUGAAGUUCUUGUUAGACCAUCAACAUAGAUUAAAACUACAAGCUUCCAACAAAAUUGAAUCUGCAACAAUAUUUUGUUACCGCGGCUUGAUGACAUGUGUGGCCUGUACACCAUAUGAGAAUCGCGACCCAUGGAAAAUUGUGGCAAUUUUGUUCAAGGGAAAUAUAUAUUUAUGUGCCCGAGAUACUGAAGAGAAGAAAAUGCAAAAGAAAAAUAUGACAGUGAGAGAUCUGAUGUUUUCGUCUUGGGGCUACAAAUUUGAACAAUAUGUAGUAUCUGAUAGUCCACAAACAGAUCCUACACCAGAGAUGCCUGUCAAUGAAAUGGAAGAGUUCUCCUUAGUGCUAAAAACAAACAUUAAUAGACACAACAUCGUUUUUGGGGCCGAGAUGGAUGGUAUCAGGUGUGACAAAGAAUGUGUGCAGGAAAAGCCCGAUCUAGUAUUAGGACCAGAAGCUUUAAUACAAUAUUUAUCAAGCAAAGAAUUUAUAGAAAUCAAGACCAGCAGACAUAUUGAAACCUCAAACCAAGAUAGAAAUUUUAGGAGAUUUAAGGCGAAGAAAUGGUGGUGUCAAUCAUUUCUAGUCGGAAUCGACACAAUCCUUUGUGGAUUUAGAAAUGACGAUGGUAUUGUUGAGAGGUUGAAAACUUAUAGGGUUGCAGAUUUACCCAAAAUGAGUAAAAAAUUUUGGGACCCCAAUGUGUGCUUCAAUUUCCUGGAUACAUUCUUUACAUACGUAAAAAGAUGUUUAUAUAAGGAAAUAAAACUUAAAUUCGGAGAGAUGGGGCUAAAUAAUUUACAUUCGGUGCCACUAACGGGUUUGCUGUUUGAGUGGAAGCCAGGCUGUAAUGUUAGAGUUAACCGUAACUAUAGACACGAGGAUGAUCAAAUAAUACCUGACGUAUUUAUAAAUAAUUAUGGAAAAUAUGACAAUUGCUGGGAUGAUAUUUGAACAGUUACUGUCGUAGUCAUAGCUCUGAUCAGGGCCGGAUUUAAACUAAAUGCCGCCCCUGGGCACGGAAAAAAAGUCCGCCCCAAUACUGGAAUUUUACUUAAACUUAUAGUUUAUAUAUUUUAUUUUUUAAAACUAAAAUACUUAACUAAUUUAUUGCAGAAACUUUAUUAUGUGUUAUAUAUUCUAAAAACAUAAAUUUUUAAAUUAAUUUUUACUAAACGUACCAAAAUUAUAAUUUACAAAUAAUGGAUAAAUUGAAUUUCUCGAAUUAUCAAUUAAUCCAAAAAUUAUUAAUAGACAGAAUUACGCCCUGGGCACUUGCCCCAACUGCCCCUAGUGUAAAUCCACUACUGGCUCUGAUUAUGUAAUUUAGCUCUAACUCUCUUAAUAAUUUAAAAUAGCAAUUAACCUAUCUCAAUGUACACACUCACAGGCACAAUUAACCGCCCACCUUGUUUUUCAUUCAACUUGCAGAAAUUGUCAAACUUAGAUCACAUUUAAUGAUAGGUUAAAAAAUAUUCUUAAGGAAAAAGAAACAAUAAAAAUAUUGAAAAAAAAAAACUCUUUUAUUAAAGUAUGCUAACAAAAAAAAACGAUAUUUUUAAACCUUCAAUGAAAAUUAGAAAAAAAUAUUUUCAUAAAUAGUGGUUCAAUUAAAAGAAAAUAUAAAAAUUUAUAAUGAGCGUUGCCGCAUCUGGACCUUAUGACUUCUUGAAGCCGGUUUGCCAACCCAUCCAUGAUAUGUUGAAUGCCCAUUUGGGGGGUAUUGUGCCACUCCUCUACCGCAACUGUUUUGAGCUCUCCUUAGGUCGUAGGGGCUGGUACUCUUGCUCGGACAUGCCUUUUGGGGUUGUCCCAAAUGUGCUAAAUUGGGUUAAGAUCGAGAUUGCGUGCCGGCCAUGGUAAAACUUGAAUCCCAACCUUUUUUCCAUUCAUUUAGGUACUCAUUGGCGGAUGUUGCGGUAUGGCAUCGUGCAACGUGCAUUAUCAUGCAUUAAUUUGAAAAGGUAUGAAAUGGUCUUCAAGGACAUCUGCCACGUAGAUUUGAGCGUUUACAUAGCCUCUAUUAAACAUAAGAUUAGUACGAGCCUCGUAAGAGAUACCACCCCAAACCAGUAUGGAACCUCCUAGGUUACUGUUUCCGUUAUAGCGCAUGGAGCAAACCUUUCAUUUUGACGCUUGUAGACACGUUGACGUCCAUCUGGACCUCUUCAGGCUAAGAAUACUCUUGCAGCACUCUCUGCAGCAGAAUGCUCUCAUCUGAGAAGAGUACGUCCGUUAAUACCUCCAUAGUACAGUCAGCAUAUUCUCGCGCAUAACCUAGUCUAGCUCUAUGAUGUUCUGCGAGCAGCUGUGGAGCGCGCGCUGGACGAAAAGCCCUCAGAUUUUCUUCUGCCAGUCUUUUUCAAAUGGUACGUUCGCUUACACUGAUAUUUCUCAACUCAAAAAGAGCUUCACGAGCUAAAAUAGCGGUCGAAAAACGAUUUCUCAACACCUUGCUGACAACGAAACGGUCAUCUCGUGUUGAAGUGCAUCGAUAUCGACCUUGAUCUGGCAUGCGGGUGUAUAGGCCCUUCUCCCGAAAUCGUCUGAUGGCAUCUCGUACCGUAGUUCGAGGUGUACCGAGAGUACGAGCGAUGAAACGUUGGCUGUACCCAGCGUCAGCCAAUGCCACUGCCCUGGCUACACCAGUUGCUUCGAAUGGCAUUUUUUUCAGUGAAACAAUGUCCGUUCAAACAAUGAGCAAACACUACAACAUCAAAUUAAAUAAUAUUCGCACACUAAGGCAGAACAGAAAAGGAAAUGUUAACACAGUAAGACAACUGCAAUAAUGUCAAACAACAACUAAAUUCCAAGCAGCCUUCGGUAACACAAAUUUAGGAAACAAACGUAUACUCUACGUGUUUAACUAAUUGCUAGAGUACCCGCUUGAUAAAAAACCAAACAGUUGAUAAGACAUAGUUUACGUUAACUAACAGGGUGACGACGAAUCAUAUAAGUGGGCGGUUAAUUGUGCCUGUGAGUGUAUUUAGCACAUAUUUUUAUUUGUUUUUGAUAUUGACAUGUUUAGACGUGUGAUGAUUGUGGUUGCAUUCAGAGACGCCCAAGUUUUAUAGUGUUGGGUACUAACAAGUAUAUAAUGUAUCGCUGAGAAAGUUUUGUGUUUGUGUUAUAUUUAUGUGUUUUGGUCGAUGUAAAAAGCUUCAGUCCAUAUAAAAAGUGAAGAUUAAGACUCAAUUUUAUAUUAUGGUAAGCAACCCUACCCUACAUGUAAGUGCGAGCGAGAACGAGGCAUUGGUAAUACCACUCUUACCAAGCUUUUGUGGUUUAAGGUAGAGCAUUAAGGAUUAUAGUGACUAUAAUAUUAUGUCAAUUUUACGUAGUAUAUUGUAAAACAAUGUAAAUAUAGAGAUAAUUUAGAAUUUUUUUUUUUACUGAAAGUUGAGUAUGUACAGUAACGCUAAUUUGGCUUCAUUUAUAUUGCUAAGGGUAUACAAUAUAAGUUUAUAUAAGACUAGUUGACCCGACAGACGUUGUUCUUUAUAUAAUAAAUAAAAUAAUGUUUUUUAUUAAUUUGUCAAUAAUAUAUCAUAACAUCAAGAAUUAUUUCGUUAAAUAUGCUCCCUGUUGUUAUAAUGAAAUUGUUUCACAGCAGAACUGUCAAACCGUGCGUCAAUAAAUUCUCUCAUAGAAAAUAUGUCCAUACAAAACAAAUAUCGGACGACGGGGGACACAUCAAAGGAAAAACAAAAUGAUUUUAUUUAAUUCCGAACACUUUCAUAUUUAUUCACCUUUUAAACCUUCCCUGGACUUCCACAAAUAAUUCAAGACCAAAAUUAGCCAAAUCGGUCCAGCCGUUCUCUCGUUUUAGCGAGACUAACGGACAGCAAUUCAUUUUUAUAUAUAUAUAGAUUUGAAUAUAAAGCACCGGCAUCAGACAGACCAUAUAAUUAUUGAGUAAAGCAUUUUGAGGGUAGAUUGUGACAUUCUAUAAGUAUAUUUCAAAUCUUAUUUUAAAUAAAUGUUGGUAUUUUAGUUGAGGUUAAAGUGUUUGUUUUAUCAGGUAAAUGAAAUACACCGAACAUGUUAUAUUAACAUACCAUUUAUUAUCACUGCAAAUGGUGUGUUUUUCAACAGCCAUAAGACUAAUCAACAACAUGGAUAUUUCAAAUCUUAUAAAAUAAACAUUUAUACUUACACCUACCGUAAAUUAAUAAAAAUAUCUAAUAAUAAAAACAAUUACAAUUAAUUAAAACGUAAUAAAAAAAUUAAAACCA